AGCCCCUUCCCAUCUCCUCCACAUGGGCUACCUCGCAAGUCUCCCGUUGCUGAGGGGGGUGGAGUUGCUGGGUGGGAAAGGCUGCUCUUCCGUUUCCCUAACUCUGCCUUGCACCUGAAGCCCAGCCGCGUGGUGGUUGAGCUGCCGAUGGGGCAUGGAGGGAGCGGAGGAGGAGGAGGAGGAGAGCGCGCGCGUCUUCUCAGCCGUCCGGCGCGUCAGCAUUGCAGUGGAUGAGACUAACGUCCUGCCGGGGGCUCUGCAGCUGAUCCGAACGCUCAGACCACAAUGGGAGACGGAGCGAGUUAAAACCAAGCUCUUCACUGAAGGCAUCACCAACAAGCUAAUGGCUUGUUUCACAGAUGAGAAUAUGAGAGAUGCAGUCCUAGUGCGGGUCUAUGGCAGGAAAACAGAACUUAUUGUGGAUCGAGCCAAUGAGCUGAGAAAUUUCCAAGUCCUUCAGGACAACGGCUGUGCCCCCAACCUCUUCUGCACUUUUGAGAAUGGAUACUGCUAUGAAUUCAUGUCAGGGAAAGCUCUGGGACCAGAACAUAUCCGUGAGCCAAGUAUGUUCAGGCUAGUAGCCCAGGAGAUGGCCAAAAUGCACAGGAUUCACACCAAUGGGAGUCUCCCCAAGCCUUGUCUUUGGCACAGAUUGUACAAGUACCUUAAUAUUGUGAAAACUGAGUUUGACAAAAAGGCAUCAAAAGCCAGCUUCCUUCAGGAAAUGCAGAUUCCUAGCCUAGAGGUGUUAGAAGAAGAGAUUCAUUGGAUGAAAGAACAUCUCUCCCAGCUUCAGUCUCCAAUCGUCUUCUGCCACAAUGACCUUUUGAGCAAGAACAUCAUCUACAACAAAGCCGAAGGUCAUGUCCGGUUCAUAGAUUAUGAAUAUACUGGCUACAAUUAUCAAGCAUAUGACAUUGGGAAUCAUUUUAAUGAAUUUGCAGGGCUCAAUGAAGUCGAUUACAGCUUAUAUCCAUGCAAGGAAGUCCAGUUGCAGUGGCUGAGGUACUACCUGCAGUCUUACAAGAAACUAAGCCCAGAGGACCAGGGAGAAGGAAACAAAAGCAGAGGAGGUAGUGGAGCAGUGUCUGAAGAAGAACUGGAGAGUCUCUAUGUGCAAGUGAACCAGUUUGCUUUGGCUUCCCAUUUUCUGUGGGCUUGCUGGGGCCUGAUCCAAGCCCAAUUCUCUACAAUAGACUUUAAUUUUGCCAGGUACGCAGACAUAAGAUUUAAGCAGUACUUUAAAACAAAACCUGUGGUGACUUCCCUUCAAAUGUCCAAGUGAGGUUGAAGUCCAAAGAGUCUUCUGGUUCUCAAGAUUCCACUCUUAUUUUCUCUGGUGCAGAGCACCUGCCACCCUCUCCUCCUGCAGUGCUGAGUGGUCAGACAUCAUGAAACAGGGCUGGGAAAGAAAAACACACCUUCCACAAAGCCAAAAAAUUCAACAAAGCCCCUGAACUUGGCUGCCGCAUGUUGGUUUCAGAAGGUGAUGUUAUGACAUGGCUGCUGGCAAGUGUUUCUGGGGCAUAUGCAGGAAAGAUUCAAGGGCUUCUGGGCUUUAUAUGUGGGUGGCCAAUAGGGGAGAAGGUUUGCUUAGAGAUUUAUAUAGCCUUGAAGGUUAUUGCUGGAUCACACUUUUGUUCCUUGGCCAGAAGAAAGAAAACUAACAAGAGUUUUGUUUUUGUUUUUCAAGAACAUGGGAUUGUGGUCUUUUGGUUUGUGAGAAUGGAGUAGAAACAAUAGAAAGAAUCCAUUUUGAAAUUUGCUCCACUCUCUACAUGUAUGGGUGGAGAGAAAAUCCAUGACUUAAAAGAUUAAGACCCUGAAGGUGGAAUAAAUAUUCCCACAUGCAUCAGUUUUAAAAUAUGGAACAUUUAGGCUCAGGGAAAGUCCCAGUCCUUAAAGAGCUAUUACAACUUUGGUCAAGCUUUGAGCUGAUGGCCUCCCUGAACUAUUAACUGGCAACAGAGACCUCUGUACUGAAAAUUGUAUUAGAAGUUGUGGGCAAUUUCAACACCUAUAUUCUGAAAGUCAAACAAUGUAGGCAACCUCAGAUUAUGUGUGCAUAUAAUUCACACAGUGCCACUUUGAAGAGAGCAGAUGUUACUACCUAAAACCUAAUGUGAUGAAAGCACAAAAGUCAGAGUACUUUUUGUAAAGAAUAGAUGUACCAAAUUUAUGCAAUACUCUAUUAUUGUAACGGCCAUAUGUGAAAGAGGUUUACCCAUCUCUCCCCACCACAAAAUUGCAUCCUGUUUCAAAUGGUACAAAGAUGAUUGCAUUUCCAUUAAUGUGUUGAUUUGCCCAUAGAGUCUUCUGUAAUAUUACAUUGUGCCAUUCAGUAUUUUGAGAAGGUGAACUCCAUGAAACUGAACAUUUUAAUAACACAAAUAUAUAAGUAGGGAAGUGUAAUUCAUGUUGAUGUAGCACAGGAAAAAGAAAGCACGCCAAUAAAACUUGUUAACAAGGUUUUUACCCAAGUUUACUACCUGCUUACCAAUUUAGUGCAGAUUUUUGCCACCUGGACACAUCCAAAUUCAGAUAGUAACUCCAAAAUUACCAGCCAUCCUCUGGCUAAGAAUUCUAGAAUUUGAAGACUCAUUUUAUCUAAAGACGGCUAAAUUAAAGCUAUUUCAGUCAUAUAUCAGAGGAAAAAACUUAUGACUGCAUCGGUAUAAACUAUGACAUAGACAGUCUGGUCUCUUUCAGCCAAUCCUUUUAUUUUCCAACUUUACCUUGUAUAUAAAUAAAUUUUAUACCCUUUAUACCCAGGAAACUAGAACCAACCUGAAUAUCCUUUAUGAGUUGCAUGGAGCUCACACUGUUAUGGUGCUUUAUCUUCAAGAUCAUUUGAGUUCCUUUGGUUAAAGGGCCACAUUUAUACAUACCCCCUACAGGUUCUCCAGUCAGAAGCAGACUGGCAUUUUCUGCAUUAUCCUAUGACUGGAUAAAACUGAAGUGUGAAGGCAUAAUGGGCAUGAAACUAUUGGUAUCAGUCCUUGGGUCUCUAUCUGAGGCACUGCAAUCAAUAUAAAACAUGUCAUUUUACACAUUGAAUUUUCUUUUAUCCACAUUUUCUAUCAGAUGGGUUUUUAUUUUACUCAGCAAGCAAUUACUAGAAUUAAAAACAGAUGACCUCUCAGUUCCUAUGAUGUCUCUUCAGCUUAGUUAUGAACUUAAAUGAUUGAAUGUUCACUGAAUUUGUACUUCGGAGCAAAGAUGGAAACAAUAAGCCUCCUGCAGGCUUGUAAUUGCAAUGCUAUUAUAAUUAAUUUCCUAGAAUCUGAUUUCCUGUAGUUUCCGCAUAGUAGGAUAGCUGGUGCAGAAUUGCUGUCAAGAGAGGGCAUUUAGUAUCCUUAGGAAAGGGGACAGUCAAGCCAGUAUUUGCCAGAUGCUUUGCAUUUACUCCCACAAGCUGCAGCCCAUGUUUCUGGUGGUAAGAUUUUAUGGAAUUGUAGUCCAAAAUUUCCAGUCAACAUAAGAUUGCCUUAUUUCUGUCUUAGACAUUUAUGUGCUUGGAUAGUAUUUACUUCAUUUUCCCUUUGUAGAAAUGCUUUGCUUUUUUAAAAUUUAUGUUAGCCUUUGAACAGUUGGAUAAAAAGUGUUGUAUGUUUACAUUUGCUGCAUUCCUGAUCCAGCCAUUAGCCCUGAUUCAUUAUUUAUCUCUAUACAUUUUCAGCCUUGUUAUAUUGCCUUCUUUUUUCCCAAAACAUUCCAUUCAAUCACUAUCUUGGUCUUCCCCCUUUUCUCAACCCAUUCACCCUUCAUGUUUAUUGUGUGUGUAUGUGAGAGAGAGAGAGUUGAUCCUCAUUCAUUCUCUGUAUGACCAAGCCAUCUUCAUAUACUUCUUUUGCAAUAUCUAUUUACUUUUCUGUGCACACCACAUUCAGUGAGCAUCCUCUCAUUCUAUAUUCUGUCUGUGUUUGACUUCAGAUAUAUUUUAAGCACCCCAUACCUGGUGCAUUCAACUCACUUUUAUAUUUCUGUUGACAUACCCAAUUCUCACAUCUGUGUGACAAAUUGAAUGGAAUACAACCAACUUCUCUUGCUGCUUUUGACAAGCAUCCAUUCUUCACAACAGACCAUACUCACUAUCUUUUCAUCACAUUUGUACACCUUAUCAUUUCUUUUUCCAGUUUUGCAUCUGUAGUUCACCUUCCUGUGGUGUUUUAGAUGUGUACCUGUAACACAAUCAUUGCAAUCAUUCAUUCCAUUUUCAUUAUCAAGAACAACUACCUUGGUCUUUAUUGCAUUAAUGUUCAGAUAACUACCAGCCCCCCAAAUGUAUAGUAGAAAGCAGGACAGCUUUUUAAUUAUAAGGUAUCUCUAAGCGUUAUGAACACGUCCUCCAAAUUGAGUUAAGGAAAUGAAACAACUGAAGUAGUUCUUUGAUGUUUCCUAUUUAUAAAUGUAGCUAUUUAUUGUUAUUCGGUAAAUAAUAGUUACAUAACUGAUCUUGUGAAAAUUGGCCAAACCCUAUGUUUUAUGAUAGGACCACACUAAACCUCACUGUAUCUAACUAGCAUGGUUUGAAAUCCUUCAAGUGAAUUUGACUUCAACUCCCAAUAGCCAGUAUAGACAAUGCAUUAUGGGAGGUUUAUACAGAGGCAGGUAUAAUUUGUGAAUGUAAAUACAGGUAAAGAAAAAAUGUAUAAGAUCUUGUCCAUGGUCACUUCUUAUGACAAUCAUUAUUUAUGAACAAAAUCCAUGAACUUCUGCCUUCUCAGUACUUCUGAUCUCAUAUGCUGUAAUGGGACUGACUUCUGUUUAUAUAUAAUCCUUCCAAAUAAUGGGGAUGUUGGAGGAUAAAAUGGAUUAAUUGGAUGGAUAUAAUGAGCAGGAUCAGCAUAGUACAGCUGUGGAGGAAGGAUCAAGAAUAGCAUAAAUCAUCUUACUGGCUCGGAAAACAAAACACAUGACUUCAUUGUUAUGCUUCUACCCCUCUUAGAAAACACUUCCCCUUCUCUUUCUUAAUUGACAAUAGGACCUCCUUGGUCACUUUUUUUUACAGGCCUUUUCCUUUAAAGGUGUCCUGCUUCUUUGGCCUGUUCUUACCAAUGCCUUCUGACCCUCUCAUUAAAGUCUGCUUUUCCCACUUUUUCCUUCCUCCAUCUCUCUUACAAGCAAGAUGUUGACUUCUGAAUAAACCUCCAAAACCACAACAUGCCAGUCAGGGGACACAAGAAGACAUUAGAACUUUCAGACCCAGAAAGUUCCUACUGAGAAUUUUCCCAGGGCAAAAAGAGCAGAUCCUUCAGCCAUAGCUAAAUUUCCUUCACCCCUGAUGCAGCAAAAAGAGAAGCUUUCUCAUCUGGGCAAAAGUAUUAUGACAGGCCUCCAGAGGGCAUCAAAGAGUAAUGAAUUCAUCCUUUCUUUUGAACCAGUAGCUGCAAAGGGCUGCUUAUGAACCAUUUCCCUUUUUCCCCCCAGUAGCAGCUUUUCUACCCUAGGCAAUUUUUAUGACAUUCUAAUUCUAUGUUUUCUUAAAGGAGCAGAACGUCUUUGUCAGCAGCCUUAGUCACUGAUGAUUGACCCCUGAUAGUUUGGACAAUGAGAUGAGGUGGAACUAGGAAAAUGAGUUAAAUAAUAGGGAAAGGGCUUCCUCAUGUGUGUGGGGAAAAAGAUUAGCCUCAGACUGGAAAGUUUAAGAAGCUUGUAGUAUGCUGAAGUUAGAUGGUCACGACAGGGUGAAGAAUCUGUAAUAAUCUACAUAGUAUCUGUCCUUGAUUCAUUGGGAGGGCAGGAAAAAUUCAUAAAUCGUGCUAUUUUUUGCCUUUCAAGAUUAUUAGGUUGAGUGAUAAGUAAAGCUUAUCGCUCAUAUUUAGAAGCUUUCUGGGUGCAGGGACCUCUGUGGAGGAAAUUCUUAGAAGGGAUAGUAGAAAAAAAUGUUAAAAGCCAACAUUGCCCCCAAACAAUCUCAGAAUGGCUCAUGAUUGUCCUGACUACAGUUCUUGUAGGAAUGGCCAGGCCAAUCUCUGUUCCCUCCAUCCAAUCACGGAGUAGAGAAAUGGGAUAUUGAGCAGCAACAUCUCCUCCCUCUCUGCCCCUACCUUUUACUUUGCUGUCUUUAUUCUUGAGGAGGAAAAAAGCAGAUGAAAAGUCUACAUGCAUUAUGAUGCUUUCACAAGCAAGGGAGGUGGUGGAAGUGGAGAGCCACGAAAUUGGUUCAACAGUGGGCAAACAGUUUGCCCAUUUAACCCUGACUUCAAAAUGGAAAUGUUUUUAUUUGAAUUUCUAGGUAACCAAUCUGCCCUUUUUCAGAAAUAAUAUACUAUAUAGGAAUUGGAGCCAGAGUGUGGAUUGCUGCAGCAGCAUAAACAGUACCAAAGCCCCAUGGAGCAGUGUCAUAAAUUGUAUCAUUCCCCAUCUUCCGAGCAAGUAGGAGGCUUAAGCUGUCUUAGACAUCUCCACACAUCAGACCAAGAUGGAACCCGCUGUCAGGAUCUAUGUUGCACUGUUUGCAUACCCUGUUAAGAAAAAGCAAUACUUUCAAAUCAAGGAUUAGCAUUUUUCCAAGCUAGUGCAUCCUGGAUAUUUUUGUGGAAGCUAAAACGUUUUUUAAACACUAAGUUGCUCAGAGCAUUUUUGGCAAGCUAAUCUUCACAAGAUCAUAUAACGUGCAUGCUGUCCACUAGGGAGAAUAAAAGGAAUAACAUAAUAGGAAGUUUUAGGAAAUAAGUGAACUUAUUUAUACAGCAAGGAUAUUUCAACCCUCCUCUUUACUUUAGAGGAAUUCACAAUCAUACUGUGUUGUCAUGUUCUCAGUGUUGACACAUUAAUAUGCACAGGUCUCUUUCAUUAUGUGAUGUCAUAGUGAGGUGAAAGCUUCUGAGGGAAUUUAGAUCUACCUAAAAACAGUAAAACACAUUUUUCUCCUGAAGAUUAAAGUAUAUGGAGUAUGUCAGUAUGAAAUAGAAAUCUCUGUAGAUAAUUGUGCUCUUAAAACAAUCACAGCAUACCAGCAAACUGUUAAAAAGGCCUGAAGACAGAUACAGAGUCUUUGGCCUUAUCUCAGAGGCAUCACAAACAUCCCAACGCACCAUAUUGAUGUGUGUUGAUGUAUAUCUCUACUGGUCAUAUAGUCGGAAUCAAGCAAUUUAUGAAAUUUUACAGCUUGAUUUUUGUACCAUGAAAAUUGAUUUCAUGGCCUGAAUAGUUCUCUGAACACAAACAAGAUUGCAGUGAGGGUGACAUUGUGUACGUAGUGUUGUGUACUUGAAAAAGAAAUCUAAUUGCAUAGUUUUGUGAUGUAGUUGCUGUUUGAAAUAUAUGACUCCUUUGAAGCUUUAGGGGUUUUCAGAACCAUUGCUUUCUGUGGUGCUUGUUUGUCUCGAGAGCAAAACAGUUGAGCAAACUGAGGUAACAGGGUAAAGACCAACAAAGGUAUCUUUAAUAUAGGCAGAGCUUUCCCAGUUCAUGCAUAGCCACCAAGCAAUGAACUGGUUAGGCUAAACUUUCAAGGAUUAGUUUACAUCUCUUAGUUGGUUACCUCACAGUGACUUGCUAUUUUUUUUUAAAAAAAAAUGUGCAGAUGCCAGCACAUCUCUUUGUAUGUGGCACCACUAAUUUUCUUAUUAGCAAUUUUCAUGUACUCCGUUCCAUGUACAUAAACAAUACAAGAUUUUUCUGUAUUAUGAUAGUUGCUGACAAUACUGAAUGAACUGUGUGUUCCUACAGGUACACGUCAAAUCGGUGGACUUUGUUUCUUGAAAGACAAAAAGGAACCUUUUAAACACCAAAUGUCUCUUUUUAUCUAUAAAGCCAAUGUUAAAAUUAAAAACUGGAGGGAAGAUGUUUUGUUUCUGAGUUAUCAACUAUUCAUAUUAUGCAGCUUAUUGUCCUUGGUUAGUUCAUUUGUUUAAAUCAGUAGCUAAAUUAGGCUGGGAGCUGUGCUUCAGGAGCAAUGAAAGGAUUCCAGAUUCUCUAUCCUUGCUGUCUUCGGCUCCAAUACUUAUUCUACGCAAGUAGUAGUAUUUCUUGUGAAGUAGCAGCUACUAACCUAAUACCUGGGACACAAUCAUACUAUGUGUCUGGGCCAAUGAUCAAGACAGAUCCUCGUCUCCCUCAAGAGAUUUUCCAGUAUCAUUCACCUGCUCAAGGUCAUUUCUGUCAGGCAAUUGCGAUCUUUCAAAGCAGCCAGAAAAUAAAUCCAUGGAUCCAUACUGCAUAGUGCUCCACAGCACAGAGACAUUCUCAUUCCAAAGGCACUAAUGAUCAAGAUGACACAGCCAACUAUCUCUGUCAUGUUAGUUUUUGAAUGACUGCCAACAUACAUACCGUGAGGUUGCUGAGGCUUAUGACUGCUGCAGCAACUCUUAUCUUACAUUGAUGGAUUGCAGUAUCUGACUGGCAAAGCAAAGAAAGAGGGCCCCAAGUUGUCUGCUGUAGUAAAGAAAAUAUUGUAGCUCCUGUGAGAUGCACCUCUCUCACUUGAAGUAGCUUGAAACGAGGAAUCUUGAACAUCAGGAGGACAAGAUGAAGUACUCCAAUCUCUUAUUUUUUAAUCUCAAUUGAAAUUAAUCACAAAUGGCUUUCUAAAAGACAAUUUGUUUAAAAAGAACUAUUUUAAUACUCAUAAAAUUUAUGCAUCAUCUCCUCCUCUCUAAAGAUCUAAAGAUUUAAUCUGAGAAUAAGAUACCUUGAUGAAAAGAUUUCAGAAAUAUAUUUUUCAUCCCAUAGAUAAUAGACUUGAGAUUCCGAAGAUGUUAAACACAUUAGUAUGAACAAGGAUGAUAUAGCAUCAUCAUGCAGAUGGAGAGAAUGGUAAACAUUAAUGGCAUUAUCACUUGUAAAAAGACUAUACUAUGUACUUUCAAGGAAAUAAGCCCCUUUAAGAACAGUGGAAUUUACUACCUCAUAAACAUAUGGAAGACUGUGAUGUUAAGCUUCAAUCCUACACAAACCUAUCUGGAAGUUAUUGAACUUCCUGAGAGUUUCUUCCAAGUAAACCUACAUAAUAAUUGCAUCAAUGUUUGCAGAUAAUUCAGGGGAAGUCUAGCAUCGUGUACAUUCUCUAUUUUAAAGAUUAGUCUCCACAGCCUUUAAUUUGUUAAAAGGAACAGGCCAGUGGUGGGUUGCUCCCGGUUUGCACUGGUUCUAUAGAACCAGUAGUAAAACCGGCAGGAGGCUCCGCCCACCGACCCCAACAUCAUCAGAACGCUUCUGCGAAUGCGGCCCCAUUGUGAACCGGUAGUAAAGGUAAGUAGAACGCACCCCUGGAACAGGUACAAUGGAUUAGGUGGCACAGUGAAUUUUACAAAACUAGAAUUAGCACAGAUCUCUGUUCCAAAACAUCUUUAUUGUACCAAGAAAAAGAAAACCCUUUAUAAACGAGUGUUGAAAUAUACAGGUUAAGUUACUAGUCUUAUUAACAAAAUAAAGCUCUAUCUAUAUGUACAGACUUUUUAAAACAAAACAAAAAUAAAGCAGCAGCCAGUUGCUAGAGCACAGUGGAAGGGGAUAGGAUUAUGAAAAACAGAAGGAAUGGGAAACAAUAUAGAUCAAAGCCAUUCAUCUAUCUUGGUGCUCUCCAGAUGCUAGACUGUAACUCCAUGAUGCUUGCCCAAAAUGUCCAUUAAGAUGUUGGAAGUGAUGCGAGUUGUAAUCUAACACAUCUAGAAGGCACAGGGAUUUUUUUUUU